CACCUCUCCCUACUGUUCUGCCUCAGUCACUGUCUGUGGAAAAGGGCUAUUACUUACUGCAAACAGAGGACUCCUUCAGAAGCCAAAAGAAAGGGAAAGACAGUAGGAAAAAGUGUGUGUGUGAGAGAGAGAGAGAGAGAGAAAGAACGAAAAAGAGAGGAACUGAAGCAACAACUGGACAGAAGGAACAAACUGACUCCCCUGUUAAAAAGAAAGAAAGGAAAACGGAAGGCACUGGAGUAUUUGUUUUUUUCUUUCGUUUUGUUUUUUUCUUCUUUCUCAUCGUGGUGCUGGGAGGCACAUCAUCUUUUCAGUUGUUUGCUCUCUCCAUCAUUUGCCUCCUGAUCUAUUUCUCCAUCUACAUGGUGUAUAAUUUUGUAUAUUUAUGACAAGAGAGGAGAGAGGAGAAAGAAGGGGCAAUUUUUUUUUCUCUUUCUCUCAUUUGGCUAUUUAUGACCCCCUUCAUUCCUUCACCUGUUCCUCCUUUCCAUCUCUCCUCUGAUCAUGCCUCCCACUCCCUCCAUCUCCAAAGCGUGAUGCACCCUGAAUGAAAGUUGAAGAGAAUUCUGAAAAUCACCUCCACACUUCCUUUUCUUUUCUUUUUUUUUUUUAUUAUUCUUUUUCUUUCUCUUUUUAAACAGUUCUUUUUGUCCUCCACCAUCUACCCUUACGUAUCACUCUUUUUCUUCCCUGGAUGCUUUAAUAUUCCUCUAGUGUCACGAGAAGAACCCAGCAAAGAAUGUACAUGGAUACCUGAACCAAUGAAAAUUUGAGACCAGAAAAUAUUCAGUGCUCCAUCUAUCCUUGAUUUUCACCUCUGGACUCUAUUGUACAUCAAGAAACUCUAGAGUUUGGGAACUAUUAACAGAAAAAAAAAUCAACAUUUAGUCUAAGCAAGUAAAACGUUAUCUACUUUUUGCCACCUUCUUUCGAUUAGUCUGUGUUUUAUAGAUCACAUUUUGUAGCCAAUGAAGGCCUGAUGUUGUCCUGGGUUGUUAUAAAUUUUACGUAUAUUUCUUUGAUUUGAUUUAAGAAAUGAACUCUUUCUUGAGUGACUGAACACCAAUCAAAAAGCUCAAGCAUUUUAAAAUCGUAUUUGUUUUUGCUUUGCCGUGAUAUAUUUCUGCGGUUGCUAGCCAGGCAUCUUUUUUUACAUUUCUUCAUAGUUUUGAUUAUAUAUAAAAUGGCCUGUGCUCAAUAACCCAGCCUGGAUUUACAGUAGAGACCAACACUUUCAACCAGAGCCUCUAUCUGACAGUCAUUUGUCACACCAUUCUUUUUUACCCCUACCAAGUCCUCAAACUACUUCAACGGUCUGUCACUCCUCCAUCCAGGGCUAUGAGAGGAAGAGACAAGAACCAGCUCACAUCAUCAUGCAGGAGUUGAGGAGAGAAAAUGGGAGUUGGGCUGGCAAUGUUCAAGGGACUGUAUCUUCACUCCUCCGCCAUGCUUGUCAGCCUCCACCUCUCCUCCUUCCCCUUUUCCGACCGCCGCGUCCUGUCUUUUGUCUCUGUCUCCAAACAGCCUCUCUUCCUUGCACUCCUUCUCCUGUCUCUCCUAUUCUUUCCAACCUGCGAAUCUCGCCGUGGAGGAGGGAUCGGGACUCCCGUCGGGGGCAUGAGUGGCAGCGAUCGUGGCCAAUCAAUAAUAAGUCCUCCUCAUUAUCCUCCACUAGGAGCCAAUCCUGUGGCUCCUCCCUUGCCACCAAAGUUUGCUCAAGGCCUUAGCAUUGCGGUGAUCCUUGUGGGAAACUCCAGUGAGGUGUCUCUUUCUGAAGGCGUGGAGAAAGAGGACUUCCUUCAUGUCCCUCUUCCUCCCAAAGUAGAGCUGGUCACAAUGAACGAAACGGACCCCAAGAGCAUCAUAAACCGCAUCUGUGCUCUAAUGUCACGAAACUGGCUCCAGGGUGUGGUGUUUGGGGAUGAUACUGAUCAGGAGGCCAUCGCCCAGAUAUUGGACUUCAUCUCGGCUCAGACACACAUCCCCAUCCUGGGUAUCCGUGGAGGCUCUUCCAUGAUCAUGGCAGCCAAGGAUGACCAUUCCAUGUUCUUCCAGUUUGGUCCCUCUAUAGAGCAGCAAGCCUCUGUCAUGCUAAAUAUAAUGGAGGAAUAUGACUGGUACAUAUUCUCCAUCGUCACCACCUACUACCCUGGAUACCAGGACUUUGUUAACCGGAUCCGGAGUACUGUCGAGAACAGUUUUGUUGGCUGGGAGCUGGAAGAGGUGCUGCUGUUGGACAUGUCAGUAGAUGAUGGCGACUCAAAGAUCCAGAACCAAUUGAAGAAGCUCCAAAGUCCUGUAAUACUACUCUACUGUACUAAAGAAGAAGCCACAACCAUUUUUGAGGUGGCACAUUCAGUGGGCCUCACUGGUUACGGGUACACCUGGAUUGUACCUUCUCUGGUGGCUGGGGACGCAGAUAAUGUACCCAACGUCUUUCCAACAGGUUUGAUUUCGGUUUCCUACGAUGAGUGGGACUAUGGUCUGGAGGCUCGAGUGCGUGAUGCUGUAGCCAUUAUUGCCAUGGCAACCUCUACAAUGAUGCUGGAUCGGGGUCCUCACACGCUGCUUAAGUCUGGAUGUCACGGCACACCUGACAAGAAAGGCAGCAAGUCAGGAAACCCCAACGAGGUGCUGAGGUACCUCAUGAAUGUGACAUUUGAAGGGCGUAACCUCUCCUUCAGUGAAGACGGUUUUCAGAUGCACCCAAAGUUGGUUAUUAUUCUGUUAGAUAAGGAGAGGCAAUGGGACAGGGUAGGUAAAUGGGAGAAUGGGUCUCUGGCAAUGAAGUACCAUGUUUGGCCUCGGUUCGAGCUGUACUCAGGUGCUGAGGAGCGGGAAGAUGACCACCUGUCCAUUGUAACGCUGGAGGAGGCUCCAUUUGUCAUUGUGGAGGAUGUUGACCCCCUCAGUGGCACUUGCAUGAGGAAUACAGUACCGUGCAGAAAGCAGCUCAAAAUCCAAAACCAGACAGGAGAUUCAGGGAUCUAUAUUAAACGCUGCUGCAAGGGCUUUUGUAUUGACAUCCUCAAAAAGAUCGCAAAGUCUGUAAAAUUCACUUAUGAUCUCUACCUGGUGACUAAUGGAAAGCAUGGAAAAAAGAUCAACGGCACAUGGAACGGCUUGGUUGGUGAGGUGGUGUUUAAGAAUGCCCACAUGGCAGUGGGGUCCCUGACCAUUAAUGAAGAGAGGUCAGAGGUCAUUGACUUCUCCGUGCCCUUCAUAGAGACAGGGAUCAGUGUCAUGGUCUCUCGUAGCAAUGGCACGGUGUCCCCCUCUGCCUUUUUAGAGCCCUUCAGCGCUGAUGUCUGGGUAAUGAUGUUCGUUAUGCUGUUGAUAGUUUCAGCCGUGGCUGUCUUCGUUUUUGAGUACUUCAGUCCUGUUGGCUAUAAUCGCUGCUUGGCAGAUGGACGAGAGCCUGGCGGUCCCUCCUUCACCAUUGGAAAAGCUAUUUGGCUACUGUGGGGUUUGGUCUUCAAUAACUCUGUGCCAGUUCAGAACCCCAAAGGCACCACUAGCAAGAUCAUGGUAUCGGUCUGGGCCUUCUUUGCUGUGAUAUUCCUGGCUAGCUACACUGCCAACCUGGCAGCAUUUAUGAUCCAAGAGGAGUAUGUGGACCAGGUGUCCGGCCUGAGUGAUAAAAAGUUUCAACAUCCAAAUGACUUCUCACCUCCGUUUCGUUUUGGCACUGUGCCGAAUGGCAGCACAGAAAGAAACAUAAGGAACAACUACAAGGAGAUGCACAGCUACAUGACCAGCUUCCACCAGAAAAAUGUAGACGAGGCCCUCCAGAGCCUGAAAACUGGUAAAUUGGAUGCAUUUAUCUACGAUGCAGCAGUCUUGAACUACAUGGCCGGCCGUGAUGAGGGCUGUAAACUGGUGACCAUUGGCAGUGGCUACAUCUUUGCUACUACAGGGUAUGGCAUUGCCAUUCAGAAAGACUCAGGCUGGAAGAGGGCAGUUGACCUUGCCAUUCUGCAGCUCUUUGGAGAUGGUGAGAUGGAGGAACUGGAGGCCCUGUGGCUGACUGGCAUCUGCCACAACGAAAAAAAUGAGGUUAUGAGCAGUCAACUGGAUGUAGACAACAUGGCAGGUGUGUUCUACAUGCUGGGAGCUGCAAUGGCCCUGUCCCUUAUCACAUUCAUCGCAGAGCACCUGUUUUACUGGCAACUUCGAUUCUGCUUCAUGGGUGUGUGCUCGGGCAAGCCCGGCAUCACCUUCUCCAUCAGCAGGGGUAUCUACAGUUGCAUCCAUGGUGUCCAGAUUGAAGAGAACAAAUCAGGACUUAACUCACCAUCAGCCACUAUGAACAUGAACAUGAAUAACACCCACUCCAACAUUCUCCGCCUCUUGCGUACUGCCAAGAACAUGACCUCUGUGCCUGGGGUCAAUGGUUCACCUCACAGCCAAUUGGACUACAGUCAUCGUGAGUCAGCCGUUUAUGACAUAAGUGAACACCGGCGCAGCCUAACAGGCCAUAAUGACUGCAAACCACCACCAUACCUGCUAGAGGACAACAUGUUCAGCGACUAUGUCAGUGAGGUGGAGAGGACUUUUGGGAACUUGCACCUGAAGGACAGCAACCUGUACCAGGAUCAUUACCUACACCACCAUGGGGGAUCUGAACUGGCUCUUGGUAUGUCGGGUCCCCUGCCUAACCGACCUCGUAGCUUAGGGAGUGCCAGUUCUUUGGAGGGUGGGUACGAUUGUGACAGCUUAGGGGGAGGGGUUGCGCCCAUCUUCACCACCCAGCCACGGCAGUCGCUGACACACCGGAACAGGGAAAAGUUUGACCUGAUUGCAGGUCAUCCGACCCAGUCAAGCUUCAAGUCUGGCCUGCCUGAUCUGUACGGGAAGUUCUCCUUCAAAGGUGGGGCAUCCAGUUCAGGGUUUAUUGCGGGACAUGACAGGUACUGCGGGGGAGGUGGGGUGGGAUCGGGAGGGGACGAUGGAAACAUACGAUCCGAUGUGUCAGAUAUUUCCACUCACACUGUGACCUACGGAAACCUUGAAGGGCACGGCAAACGGCGCAAACAGUACAGGGACAGCCUAAAAAAGAGACCUGCUUCUGCCAAGUCUCGCCGUGAGCAAGAUGAGAUUGAGCUUGGCUUCAGGAGACGCCCCCACCACACUAUCCAUCAUCAUCAUCACCACCAUCAUCCAGCAACACAAGCACACCGCUCAGCCACCCCACCUGUGGAGCGCAAGAGCCAGAGAAGUGGUAACUGCACACCUUAUCUAUUCAGAGACAAAGAUAAUUUGAGAGACUUCUAUGUGGACCAGUUUCAAACCAAGGAAGGGGCAUCCCCCUGGGAUCAUUUGGAUUUAAGUGAUGCUACAGGAAUGGGUGGGGGUGGUUAUGGCGGCGUAGUUAGUAGUGGUGGAGGUGGGGGAGCGUGCACUAGUUUGGUUCCCACUGAAGAUUUCCUGAAAGGUAAAUCCAAGAAGACAGAGAGUAAGGGUGGAAUGGGAGGAGGAUCACCUGGGCAACAGAGCCAUGCAUGCUGGGAAAAGGGCAUCGGAGGGGUGGGGGGGUUGGCCGGAGGGGAUUGGGAAUGUCGCAAUUGCCGCAAUGGAGGAGUUGGUAAUGGAGUUUGCAUGCAUGGGGGAGGUGGGGGUGGGGGCUAUCCAGCUGCUGGGGGAGUUGGGGGAUCCACUGGAGGAGGUGGAGUUAGUGGACAAAUCUCAAGCCGCCCUAGUUCAGCAACCUGCAAGCGAUGUGAUUCGUGCAAGAAACCGGGCAACUUGUAUGACAUCAGUGAGGACAACCACCUCCUCAUGGAUCAAAUUCGGGGCAAACACCUCCUGGAGAGUGGAAAGGGAGGGGGAAGCACAGGGGCCCAAACCCAGUUACAGAGGCGGAAAUUUGGCCCAGGUGGUAAGGUUUUGCGCAGGCAGCAUUCUUAUGACACAUUUGUAGAGCUGCAGAAGGAAGGGGCAGGAAGGAUGGGUGGGUUUGGAGGUGGUGGUGGAGCGUCAAUGCUUCCUCCACCCCGAAGCGUGAGCCUAAAAGACAAAGACCGCUACAUGGAGGGCGUGAGCCCCUACGCCCAGAUGUUUGAGCAGUAUGCGGGAGGGGAUCGGGAGACAACAUAUUUUUGUGGAGGGGACAGAGGGAAGGGUGGGGGUUCAUCUUUUAGCUUAUUCCGUGGGGGUGAAGGUGGGUUGCACCGUCGCUCCGUGGGAGAGAGAGAUAUGAGGGACAGGGAUAGAGGCAUUAUGGGAGGAGGUGUGGGCGGUACCCGAGGGGUCGGGACUUACUCCUUGUCUAAAUCUCUCUACCCAGAUAAGGUGAACCAGAACCCAUUCAUCCCAACCUUCGGCGACGACCAGUGUCUAUUACACGGCGCCAAAUCAUACUACAUCAAAAAGCAGCAGCCACAGCCGCAGCAGCAACAGAUGCCACAACAACAGCAGCAGCAACAGCUCCUCAACAACAGUCGGGCUGACUUCCUGGGCUCCAUGGGGGUGACUUCCUAUUUGCCUGCCUCUGCUACUUCUGGGGUGUUAUCCAACGUGGCCCCUCGGUUCCCCAAAGAGCUAUGUCUGGGCGGGCCCCUUGGCAACCACCACGGUGGAGGACCUAGCAACAACAAGCUGCUGUCAGCAAGGGAUGGGUUAGGAAUGGGGCAAGGACAGAGACCAUUUAAUGGCUCGAGCAACGGACAUGUUUAUGAGAAGCUUUCCAGCAUUGAGUCUGAUGUCUGAAGAGGGGAGUCAGAAGCAGAUAGACAUAUGAGAAAGAAGCCAACGAACAUGCGGAAUGACAAGAGAGAAAACUAAAAAGGCUGUGUGUAAUUAGUACCUUCAUUCUCAAAGAAAGAAGAGGAAACCCUGUGUGAGAAACUGACUCUUGAUGCUUUCAUUAAGUUACAUGGGUGAUGAGCUAUCAAGCAUAGGUAUGUAAACAGAGAGAGGGGACCUGCCCACUGUUGAAAAGGUGAGAUUAGGGGGAAAACAGUUAAUUACUCUCUUUUAUUCACAUGUUUUUCUAUAUCCCACUAUUUUCUGGCUCCUAACUAAUCAAAACAGAGGCCAAUCCAGUUUACAGAUGGAGACAACCGUGUACAAUCCUUUGUACAAUCGUGGAUGGAAAUCAGUUACUGUUUUUAAACAACAGGGUAAAACUUACAAUAAUUGUAUUUAUAAUGUUCUUGAUAAUAAUAUUAUUCUAUAUUAUUACAAUGUUUAUGAUGUUCCAUUUGGGCUUGGUUUCUGGAUGUUUUAUGCUGUUACAUAUUUGUACUGUAGUUUCCGUUCUUAACAAACCACUUUGCAGGAGGCUUUUUUGAUUUGUCAAUUGAUCUUAUUUGAUUGUCAAUUUAAUUGUAGACAAACUUGGAUUCCAUAAAAGUUCUUUAUUAUUGAUUAAUCAUGUUUAUUUUUCUAGUAUGGAGUGCUGUAAAACGUGUGUAAAAGGCAUGAUUUGCAAAGUACUUCAGCUGUACUUGAGAAAUAAUUUUGAAGGAAAUGUAUUAUUAUCUCCUUAUUUUAUAGUGUUCCAUUUUCAGAACAAUAUUGGUUUAAUACACAGCACAUUAUGUGCCUUAACAAGACUUACAGAAUUCCAGAUUUACAGGUCAUAUUGCCAUGGUGACUUUUCGGUCACUGCACACAGAUUUGUCAUUGGAUGAUUCAUAUUAUUCUGGAACCUUCCUUUUAAUGAUAUAAGAACUGAUAUUUAAACCCAGCAUUUAGGAGACGCUAGCCUGAAUGCAUUCAUAGUAUUAAUGCUGAGGACAAGAUUCUAAAGAAAACUAAUGGAAUUAUCAUUGUAACAAGGUUUAAUAAUAGGAACAAAGAUUUUUUUUUAGAAAGGUUUUGCACAACAUUGUACAGUGCACAGUAUCAUCGCAAAGUUGAGCUGUAGGGCAUUACAUGUGUAUGGUGUUUUCUGUAACAUGAAAAAAUUAAUUAAUUAUUUUUCUCCUCUGUCCCCCAUCUCUGGAGCAUGAGGAGGUUUUUGACCAAGCAGCAAAAUAAAAAGUUUGUCAUGGAUUUGUUUCCCCUUAGAAUGUGGUUAGUAUUGGACAUGCUUAUCUGUACUUUCCUUAAGGAGAUGCCCGCCAGUCCUCAGUAGGGUGUUGAAAGUUAUAAUGAAAUAAUUUAUUUUUUUCAGCAAAUGCUGUUAUGUAAAUAUAAAUUAUUUUCCACUCUGUACAGUGAAUAGACAGAAAGGAUGUAACUCUACAGGUUUGUUUGACCACAUUCAUUAGUUGAUAUUUUAAGUUUUAGAUUUUUAGAACUGAAGUAAACUGUUAAAAGAUUAACAUUCCAAUUCUACUGCAAAAAAUUAUCCAUAAAAUAUUAACGGUAUGGACAAACAUGAAUAUUCAUUUGAUUUUAUGCAGUAAGGGAUCAUGUUUGUUCAAGCAAACAUGAUCCCUUACUGCAGCUGUGCAGAAGGCAGUAAAUUCUAUUCAAGUCCAAGUACUUUUUAACUUGAAUCAAGACAUAAUAGCGAUAGGGAUAACUCAGAAAAGCUGUUUUUUUCCUAUCCUUUUCAUAUUAAUUUGCUUGUAGAUAGUAGAGGUAUUUCUCAGGAAGGUUGGAUGGGCACAGGCAAAAACAAACAUAUCGUUGAACUAAAUUGCCUAAUUACCUAAAUCAAUAAACCAAUGAUCCCAUUAUUUGGACAACCAUGAGCCAUGAGAAGUGCAUUGCAAAUAUUUAACUCUCUAUUUCAGAACCACCAUUGAACUUGCAUUGCAGGGCAGUAUGAAGAAAUCAUUUCUCUUUAAACCUUUGGCCCAAAGCUUAGACAAAAUCCUUUACUUGAAGUUUGUGUUAAUUGCAAAUUUUGUUUACAGUUUUUUUGUGAAUGAACUGUUAACCAAACAGAUCUCCACUUUAAGCACAAUAUUUAUAAUAUUUGGUUUAUAAUUGAUGUUUCACUAUUUUUAUCUUAACUUUUUGCCACAUUCUUUUUUGACUCAGUUGUCUUUGUAUGAAAGUUUGUGUUUAAGAAGAGCAUGCAUUUCUUUUACUUAUUAAUUGCCAUAUCUUUAGCAUUUCAUACAUUUAUGUCUAUUUAGAUAUCACGCCUGCUCUUUGUUGGUGCAAUAUGUCGUUAAACUGCGCAUCAUACAGGUUCAGAGUGAUACCAUGAUUCUAAUGAACUGAUAAGAUGUUUGAAUAUGGACAUGUGUGGAAUAUUAACUCAUCGUUCACAUUUAAGUACUGCUUGAUUAUAUCAAGCAAACCCAAACUAUGGGUGAUAAUGAUAGAAUUUGUCAGGAAUAUUGCUAUUAUUUAAGAAUAUUUUUGAAAGACCAUUCCUGUGUCCAUGUAGAGCUAAUUUUGUCACAAUUUAUUUUCAUUUUUAUCACACAUGAAUUUUUUAAAUUGGUCUCACAAUACCUUUCUUUGCAUGGUACCGUGUUUUUAAAAGUAUCCUUAAGAUUCUUUAUGCUUAGUCUACUUUUCUCUUUUUUGUUUUCUUUAGUAAAUCCUUUAAAGAUAUAUCAUAACAUUUAUGUUGUGUGACAGUUUUUUUUUUUAAAGAGCUAGAGCUGUGGUGACAGACUUAGACCAUAGCAUUUCCUACAGGACAGUCAAGCCUAUAGUUUUUAGUUGUACUAUGUAGAGAAAGUAUUGUGUGAUUGCGUGUGCAAAUAUCAGAGACAUUGCCUUUGCUCUUCCUGAAAAGCUUUCCAGUUUUCUAUUACAUUUCAUUUGGAUUCACACUUUAAAGAUGUGGCCUUGUAAUUCCACGCUGAUAUCAUUCGAUAAAAAUAGUGUGUGAUGACUUUUGCAGCAGAGGAUACAAGAGAGGUAGGCAGAUAAAAAUGGGAGGCAGAGAAAGAGAGAGUGACAGUAGCUAAUGUUCUAUGUGUUAUUUUAAUAUUUUAUUUCUCUUCUCAUUCAUUCUCAUUUUAACUUAUCAUGACUGGUAGGAUAGGACUGCAGUAUUUUCACUAUAUUUUAUUUGCUUGUCAUUUUAGUCCUCAUGCACCCUCCCUAGUAUGGUACGUCACACUUGAUUGUACGUCUGCAUUCAUAUGGUUGAUUACCUCUGUGUGUGCACGCAGGUGUAUGCACAUUUGUCCAUGCACAAGUGUGUGUGUGUGAUUGUGUGUGUGAGAGAGAGCGAGCGAGAGAGGGAAGGAUACAGAGCACAGUGCAAUGGUUAUCUAUUAUUAUGUCUGCUGUAAAUAAUUAUGUCCCCUUCCCAUUACCUUUUAAUAUAUGGAGACAAAUAUUUAAAAUAUUGAAAUUUGAGAUACAUUUUGUCUGGAAGAUUUUUUAUAGCCAAGUUAUUAGACCACUGCACCAGGGGAACAGUGCCAUUCUAAUAGCAUCAGAGAACCAGAAUUUAAGACAAAAAUGACAUCUUUGUUGUCAUUAAUUCUGUCUUUCUUGUAUUCUGUGGUUUUAACCACUUAUUUUAAAUGUUACAUAAGGAUCACAACUGUACAGAUUCUGUAAAUAUGACAAAAUUGUUUCUUUUUUCUGUUUUUGUAUGGAGAGAGAUUACAUGUGUUAAGACUACAAUAAUAAUUUAAUGAGACAUUUCACAAUACAUAAGCUAUUGAGAAUACAGACACAAUGUGAAAAUAAGUGCUAAGAUAUAUUCUUCUGUCUCUUUGUACAAAACAGUGUUGACUAAAAACAAAAUAAAAGGGAGAGAU